GAAUACAGAAGCUUCAGGAGAACCCAGACCCUGCUGUCUGCGGUGACGCUCUUGAUGUCUUAGGACCAUCAUGAGGGUGACUGAAGCAGGUGCUGCAUCACUGAGAAGCCUACCCUCGCAUGGGUGGUGAUGUUUAAAAGUUGUGUCCCUGGAGCUCCCCGACCAAUGUGCAGACAGUUCUACUGAAGAGUUUUCCAUGAUCCGUGUGCCAUGAGUAUGGGGGUGUCUGCAAAGGCCAGAGGAAGAUGGUGUUGGACCCCUGUGAGCGACCAUAUGUGGGCGCUAGGAAGCAAAUGGAGAACCUCUGGAAGAAAGGCACCAUGAACACAGAGGGCUCCAGCCUCGCCAGCCCUCCAACCCUCCUUACGACCCCUGCCACUUCUGGGACUUACACCCAUGCUGCUGACCCUGUACCAAUCCUCAUUGCCCUGGCCUGUAUUUUUCUACUACUGGCCUCUUGCUUGCUGUUCAUGAUGCUGUGUAAGCCAACUGCUCUGGACCCCAGCCGCCAAGGGGCCCGGGAAUGCAUGCCACAUCACCCAGUGAGCCCCAGUGAACCCAGGCUCCGGCUCUGGAAGCGCCUGGGCUCACUGCGAAGAUCCCUGCACAGCUUCCGACGAGGCAGGCCUUCUAUCCAGCAGUGUCCUCUGCCGGGCCUUGAUGACCACCGAGGUGACUGGACUGAAGCCACCAAGAUGUGACACGGUGCCCAUCCACACACAGGCUCACCCAAGACCAUCCUGCCUCUGAUGGAACCUGGCAUCAUAGGACAGUGGUACGGAUACUCUGGACCCCUAAUGCACUGAUAUUUCCUUGUGUAUCUAGUCUUUGUCCUUUCCCAGAAGACUCUGAAGGCCCCUGAUUCUCUUGUUAAUAGACCUUUGGAUCAAAAGAUGAAUACUCAAAGGUCUCUAGAUCUUUCCUCUGGGGCUCUGAGGGAUGCU